GUUUGCAGGAAGCAGCUACCUCCAAACAAACAGUCUUGUUUAAAAAAUAACAGUUCUCGUCCUUCUGUAGAAAGUGAGAUGGAGACAUUAGCAGUUUGUACCAAAACAUAAGUAACUGUUAGAACACGGUUUCAUCGAUACAAGUAGCUCUUAAUUGUUGACGUUAAUUAAUUGCUAGCUAGCUAAUUCCGCAGUCGGCGAGGACGGUGAAAGAUGCGAUCCCAGAAAAACAGUAGAGUCAACAAUGGAUGGCUGUUUCUCACCCCCACGGUCAGCAGUUACAGGUCGCAUCUCACAGCUGUCAGAUCUCUGGUACCAGAGACACUUCAGAGACCGACUGACCUCAGGGUCUCUCAAGAGCUCGCAAAAGACUCGAAUAUGAACAUGACCCUGACACCGAAUCCUCCAAAAUCAGACACCAGACCCUAUGCAUACAGCAGGCGAAGGCUUGUACAGACACCCCCAGUACCGGCAUUUGCUACUGACUCAAUAGAUUUUUCUGCACAUAAUCUUGCACCACUUGUGGCCAGUGCUCCAGUUGCGCUGGCUCCUGUCUCAGAUGUUGCGCAACAAGAGCAUCGAAGCAAACCUGGGAGACCGACUCGCAGUGCAGGGGCCAUCUUGUAUCACAACACCCUAAACAUUCCCAAGUCAACAGGACUCUUUGACAGCUCGGUCCCUGGGUCUCCCACUACCAUGUUCUCUUAUGACAGUUGUGCAUCCAGUUGCGAAAGAGUGGACUUAGACAGGCAGUGUCUGGAAGAAUGCCCCCAGCUGGGCAUUAUGAAUAAACUGCAGGUUCUCAACCUCAGGCACAAUCUAAUUACAAGGAUCCAGCAUCUUUCUCACCUGCAGCAGCUGGUCUUCCUGGACCUGUAUGACAAUCACAUCUCUGAAAUGACUGGCAUCGAGGCUCUUAGCUCUCUCAGAGUCCUUAUGUUGGGGAAGAACAGAAUCCCUAACAUAUGCUGUUUGGAAAGCCUGUCCAAACUGGAUGUCCUGGAUUUGCAUGGCAAUCAGAUCGCUAGGAUAGAGAACCUGUCUCACUUAAGCGAGCUACGGAUACUAAACUUGGCAGGAAACAGCAUCUCUAGAGUGGAAAACCUGCAGGGCCUGGACUCUCUGACUGAACUCAACCUUCAGCGCAACUUCAUUUCUGUUGUGACUGAGGUGGACCGUCUGCCCUGCUUGCAGCGCCUCUUUCUCAGCUGCAACAACAUCACCAGUUUUGAUGAGCUAGCCUGCCUUGGAGAGUUGUGCUCCCUUUCUGAGCUAACCCUGGAUGGGAAUCCUGUAGCCCUGGAGACAUGGUACAAGCAGGCCGUCCUGCGCUGUGUGCUUCAUCUGAGACAGCUGGACAUGAAGCGCAUCACAGACGAGGAGCGGCGCAUGGCUGGCGUACAGGCUCGAAAAGAGGAGGAGAAGAAGCGGGAGAGUCACAAGCAGACCAUUCAUAAGGAGAAGCGCCGUUUGGCCAUCCGUAAUGCAGCACAGCAGUGGGAAGGUGUCAGGGCCUGCCUGGAGCUGCCACCAUCGAAUGGCGCAAAGGAAGAAGUUAGUCCAGAAAACAGCCCCGCCCACAGCCCUGCCCAGACCAAUGGCCUCACACAGGAGUCUUCUCCAGAUGAGCCCAGGCGGGUAAGUCCAGGGUCAGGGCCAGAGCGACCAACCGGGGGAAGUGAGAACAGACUCCGCAGCAACAGUCGUCCCAACAGUCCACGAGAUCCAAAGCUUGUGGAGGCAGGGGGUGGCAGUGUACAGAGCCUGUCCCUGUCUGACAGUCACCUGGCAGAGCUGGAUGGGGACACCCUGCGUCUGUUUGGCCUUGGGGCCCUUGAGGCCCUGGAGAGGGGCUGGGGGGUCCAGACCGCUGGUGCCGUGACCGUUAUAACCUUCCGCUAUAUCAACUUUGAUGCCAUUGUACCAACACUGCCACGCAUAAGAGUCAAGUUCCCCAAUCUAUCGCAUCUGAUCUUCUUGGAGACCAACAUCAGCCGUCUGCCCCAACUGGCGGCCUUGGCUCAGGUGAGGCGUCUGGACCAGCUGACCAUCCACCCAGAGGGCAACCCAGUGGUCAGUCUGGCCUUGUGGCGCUCCUUUGUUAUCUACCGCCUCCACCAUUUCAACCUGCAGAGGAUCAAUGGCCAAGAGGUAACCAUGAAUGAUGUGAUAGCUGCAGAGCGUGUGUUUGGGACACUGGGUCAUAUAGCAGCCACUGAAACCCCACGCUGUCGUCUUCUUCUGGUGCUCGAGGAGUCCAGGAAGCGUCAGCUGCAGUUCCUGUUAGAGGGGCGUGGCCGGCGGGCAGGGCUGAGUCCAGAGGAGCUGCGGGACAAUGGGAAGCUGCUUGGAGAAGGCCUCAGCAGAGCACUGUUCAACUACCCCAGUCGAGACUGUAGCGCAGAGAGCCCUGAGGAGGGCGCUGUAGAGUCUUCGGAGCGGGCCGCCAUGACAGAGCAGUACCUCCAAGAGCUGGUGCAGAGGGCGUCUGACACCAACCUGAAGGGCGAGGCCCUGCACAAGCUGUGGCCUUCCAUGUUUGUGGAGAUGGUGAGGGACUGUGUAUUGGAGAUGAGGGACCGAGCAGCCUUCCGCCAGGCCAGCCUUGCCAGAUUUUCCCAGACCAAGUGAAGAGGACCAAAGGUUCACUCUUUCAACAUACACACACAUACACAGGUGUACUGGGCACCUCCAAAGCUCGCUCUCAAACUUCAUCUAUACCAAACACAUCAUCACUCACUGACUUUAUCAUCAUCAUUGAAAUAUUCCAUUAUUUCCGUUAUAUCUGGGAAACUCUUCUUUAAGAUGGAUGUAGUAGACAGUUUGAAAGAUGUCCAAAGCAGUUGUGAUGACAGACAUCUUGACUGAAUGUACGUUUCCACUGAAAACACACUGUCUGGAUGCUGUAGUGUUUGGAGCUGCACUGUACUGGAGGAGAUCAAAGGGAUUCAUGGUGCAUUGUGGUCCCUACAGAGCGUAUUCUGCACCCUAAAGCCUUCUGAGUGAUCCCUCUUCACCAUUAACAUCAUCAGCUAGAGAUGAUCAUUGUCUCUUUUUCGAGACUAAAGUGAUUUGUCUGUCUUAACUCGUGUUUCAUGUGUCUCUCUCUCACUUUUAGCUGCCUGAUGUGAUAAGAAGGGCACAAAAGACACAUUCUUUCUGGGUUUUUUUUUUUUUUUUUUUUUUUUUUGAUGACCACUGAUUUUCUGUAUUGUACUUAGUAUUAAAAGAUUGCGUAUUAACACUGCA